AUGUUUCAGGCUGCGCAAACCGCCUACGAGGUGCUGAGUAACGAGCAAUCACGGCUCAGCUACAACGCGGAGCUGGACAGGGAGAGGUCGAUGUUGCGCGGGUUCAAACGGCCGCCGCCACUCGACAAAGUCCGGCACCCGGUGCACUACAAGCUCGCCGACGGCGAGUACUACGAGUUCGAGGCAGCCCCAGACAAGCUGAAGUGCACCUUCAAGCAUGGCGAUAUCAUCGACUGGAACAGCCAGCUGGGUUGUUUCAUUGGGAUGGCAGCCGAUGAUUUCCUGUAUUGGUGCCGCGACGGUCACAAGCACGCGUCGAAACUCUGUCAGCGGGGGAGCUUUGGCGUGGACACGGUGAAGGUUCUCGUGCGUGCCAAUUUCAAGAGCAUGCCUCGAGGCCAGAAGCGUUACCCCGUCCACGCCACCGCAACUGCUGCGUCGUCACCUUCGGGAACGCGCCGCGACUCCGGUGAAGAGACGGGUGAGGUAAACGAUGCGAAGCCCCCGCCACCCAACACGGCGACAGCAGCGAGAGGAGGGCGUGGCGGCCGCCCGUCGGAGGCAGAGCGGCUGCGACGUGAUAUUCUGCGGCGUGAACUACAGCGGCACCUGCAAGAGCGCAUGGCUGAAGUGGUUGAAGAUGAAAAGAAGAGACGGGUACGCCUCAUAGAAAAGAUUGAGGCUGCGCUGGAGGACAGGCGGCAGGCAUUCCAGGAUUGGAUCGCAGCGGGCGGCGUUCUAGACGGCGAGGAGCCGGCGUGGAUCACACACGCAAAGUGA